GACAUCAUCAACACGCAUCAUCCGCGCCCUCUUUGAAACUAUUUCAAAAUGCGGAGGACUGCUGUCCGUACAGGCUCUACGGCCAUACGGGCCAGUUAUUCAAGAUGCUCGAGCGGACAACCAGUCAGCACCAUCCAACCGUCUCCGUUCCGACCUAUCUCAACGACGUCAAAUGUUAAAGCAACCGCCCUUCCCAUCACAGGGGCCGGCCCACCUCCCAGCGCUCCAGUACCACAACCCUCAUCGUACAGUGACCGGAUAUCGGAACGCAAGCGCAAAGCAGAUCUCCUCGAAAAGGGCAAAGAGAUCCGGGCGAGCGAGCAAGCGUCAUCGAGCUCUGGCAAAAAGACCAAUCCGUUGAAACGAAGGUUUUGGAAAGAUGUGCACGUCAAGGAAUCUCCUGACGGCUCAGCAUACCAUAUCUAUCUCGACACACGGCCGGUGCGGACGCCGAAUCGGUCGCUGCUGUCGAUACCCCGAACCAAACCUCACCUAGCCCACGCCAUUGCCAUUGAAUGGGACCUGUUGGAGUCGGCGCAGCAGGCGUUGAAAAACCAUUUCAUCCCCAUGACCUCAAUCGCAGCGCGUGCACAAGACAUUUCCGAGGCCGAGGCCGGUGGCAGUAGGAACAGUGCCGACAGGGCCGAGAUUGUCAAGGUGAUGAUGCGCUAUCUCGACACCGACACCCUGCUGUGUUGGGCGCCAGCACACCACUCGCACGACGCCGCCUUGGUGGAGCAGCAUGAGAACCGGGUCGAGUCGUUGCGCGACAUCCAGAUCCGCAUCGCCAAACCCAUCAUCGGCCAUCUCAACGCAACCAUCUGGCCGGGUGUCGAGAUCAAGCCGGUCCUCGACGAGGGUUCGAUUAUGCCCAUACAACAGAGCGACGUUACAAGGAGUGUCAUUCAAGGCUGGAUAUCAGGUUUGCCCCCUUACGAACUGGCUGCUCUGGAACGAGCGGUUCUGGCGGGCAAGAGUCUCUUGAUUGGCGCGAGGCUGUUGGUCGAGUGGAGUGAAGAAUUCCGAGAUCUGCAGCGCAGCACCGAGUCUCGAUUUGGCAUCGAGGAGGCCGCAGAAGCUAGUAGCCUCGAAGUCAAGUGGCAGACGGGCAUGUGGGGCGAGGUCGAAGAUACACAUGAUGUUGAGAACGAGGAUUUAAGACGACAACUGGGCAGCGCAAUCUUACUGGUCAGCGGCAUCAAAUAGACCACUUGAGCCUACAGAAGGAUCAUAUAAAAGGAGAUUCCAGUGGAACAGGCUUCGAUCACAAUCUGUACAGUAUCAGCUUCUAGCGAAGUUCAAAUUUGAUAAUCGUCCAAAAGCAUUCCGCUGCGAUCC